AUGGCCCAACAGGACGAAGGGUGGCCAUUGGGACUGAGACCACUGAAUGCAAGGCUUGGAUUGAUGAGAAGUCUGGAUUUCUCUGUUGGAUCAGUUUCCUUCAACACUUUGCUUACUGCUUCUCCUACUAACUCCUCAACCAUCUCUUCAUCAGAUCUUGAUACUCAGUCCACUGGGUCUUUGUUCCAAGACAGGAGCAAAACACUUGGCAGCCUCAUAGGGGUUUCAAGCAUUAUGGAAUUAUCAAGAAAAUCCUCAAGAAAAACACCAUCAUCAUCAUCAGAGAAGUGCUUGAGAGAUGAUGAGAAAAAGAGUUUUAAGUUGUUCUCUCUCUGCUCAAACUUGACCACUGAUGCUGUAACUUCAGCCACCACCAAAUCCAAUAGUAAUACUCCAUCUCUUGCCCACUUUCUUGAGGCAGAGAGAAGAAGAAGAGCCACUACAAAUACAAGCAGAAGGAAUCAAUAUGGGCCCACCACUGAUUACUCUUCUUGUGUUGAUUAUAAUCUGACAUUUUCAGAGUCAAAUUCACUGUUUAUCAAUGGUCUAGUUGCUCCUCAUCAAUCACCUGCUGCUUCUGGCCGCCCUGGGGUUGCAAAUAAUAAUAGAAUUUUUCGAAGAUGAUGGGAAUGGUUUUUUACUGUUUCCAUGUUUGUGUGGUCAACUCAUUAAGUGAUGGUAUGAAACAACUUCAAAUUUUGGAACACCACACUUGUAUUUGGGUGUCUGUGGCCAAUUCAGAUUCCAA